AAACUGAAAAGUUGACUCGUUUCGUCUUCGCAGAUUUACCAAACUACCACCUGCUUUUGGUUUAGGACUUUAGGGAGCCUACCUUAUCCGCAAAACAGUCAACACAAAUCAGAAAUAGCUUUCUGUUGGAGGAAGCUCGUAAAUUCUCAACGACAAUGGCGGUGCUGGCUUCUUUGAACUCUCCAUUGCUGCCGGCCGCCUCUUCUUCUCCUGAUUCUUCCGCUAAGAAUCCCCUUUUUACAAGGCGAAGAGCGAUGGUCGCUGGUUCCAGUGUUGUCGUGGGUUCUUUGCUAAACCUCUGCAAUCCCAACUCGAAACCCCUGUCUUCUCAGUCCGCCAUUGCGCAACAGCAGAGAGAAGAAAAGGAUGAACUUGAUCAAGAGGAAGAUAGAAUCGUUCAUCUCUUUCAGGAAGCUUCACCCUCAGUUGUUUUCAUUAAAGGCCUUGAGUUGGCUAAAAUUCCAAAGACCUCUUCUGAGGAAGUCAUGCUAACUGAAGAUGAAAAUGCAAAAGUUGAAGGGACAGGUUCUGGCUUUAUCUGGGAUAAGUUUGGCCACAUUGUUACUAAUUACCAUGUUGUGGCUAAACUGGCAACGGAUAAAAGUGGUUUACAGCGUUGUAAGGUGUUUCUCAGUGAUGCUAGAGGCACUAGCUUUUACAAGGAAGGGAAGAUUGUCGGGUUUGAUCCGGCUUAUGACUUGGCCGUUUUGAAGGUUGAUGUUGAAGGAUACAAGUUAAGGCCAGUUGUUCUUGGUACUUCUCAUAAUUUACGUGUGGGACAGAGCUGCUUUGCCAUUGGGAAUCCUUAUGGCUACGAGAAUACUCUAACAACAGGGGUGGUCAGUGGAUUAGGCAGGGAGAUACCUUCGCCAAAUGGAAGGGCCAUUCGUGGAGCAAUCCAAACGGAUGCAGCUAUUAAUGCAGGAAAUUCAGGAGGACCACUAAUUGAUUCAUACGGCCAUGUUAUUGGUGUUAAUACAGCAACUUUUACUCGCAAAGGGACAGGAAUUUCGUCCGGUGUUAACUUUGCAAUACCUAUUGAUACUGUUUUAAGAACUGUUCCGACUCUAAUUGUGUAUGGAACACCAUACAGAGACAGGUUUUGACCGAAGAUAAAUAAGACAGGUACACUGAUGCGAUAUUAUGCUUGCAAAUACAAUAUUUAUCUGGUUUUGUUUUACACUUUAUUAAGAAUAACCAAAGCAAAUUCUCGUCAUUUCUGUUCUUGUAAUUUGUAUUCUUUUAUGUCAUUUCCACUUUUCUACUUUCAAGAGUAACACAUGAAUGCAAUGGACCCAUUUUUGAGAAAUAUUAGCACGUUCAAGGUGCUCAUGAAAGACAUAAGGUCAUUUCUAUGAACAGAAGUAGGUAAAUGUAGAGAUCAACAGAGGAGAAACUAAGCCUGAAAAAUUAAGGAUAUUCAAUACCAAAUAAUAUUAAUGACAGCAACAAUAAAUAACAAUAAUUGGGGAGUGAAUUCAAUAAAAUUUGCCAUUGCUCAAGCGUCUUUGAUUUGUGAACUUGAUAUCUUUAUUGUUUUGAGUUUGUCACAAUGAAAAAGAUGUAAAUCCUCCAGCAGGGGAAGUUUUGAAAGAAGGGAAUGGAACCCUUUGUCUUCAAUGGUCCUGGACCGAAAAGGAUACUCUGAGAUACAAUAAGAAACUCCUCAAUCUCACUCUCACCAUCACGCAAGUAAAGGUAAAGGGUGUGGAGCUUUAGGAGAUUAGAAAUAUGGUCAGAGUUGAAAUCUUGACAAUAUUCGAUAUGUAAGUCUUCAAGAACAGGCCAAUUGUCAUUCUUCAAAAUGAUGGGACCACUUGUUGAGUGGGAAAUUCCCACAUCGAGUGUGUAAGGAAGAAACUUGUGAGUUAAAUAUAAAAAAUAUUACUCC